AAUUAAUGACAUUUCUUUGGGCUGAUAUCCCAUUCGAAUGGACCUGUCUCUCUUUAAGGUAUCACAAUGAUAUGCUUUGGUAACUCACCUCAUUUUGACAUUUAGGUAUAUUUGGAGUAUUAUCCAAAUGAUACCAGUCUUUACAGCAGGACUCUACCAAUUGUACAAGCAUUAAACAACUCCUGACUAUUAUCAUAAAAUCAGGAAAGGCACUUGGGAUCAGUUUAUCGUCAUGUUUUUUGUAUUCAAAAACAAUACCAUAAGGCUGCCCCAGUCCCACUCUAUUAUUUAAUUGAUCUGACAAUCUCAAUUGUAGAGGGAACCUUUUUUGAACCCUGCAGAUUCUGGCUAUGGUUUCAUCAUAUGGUAAACAAUUUAUAGAAGAAAUAAAGGUGUCUAUGAUCGUCAUUCCCGCAUUAAUUCUGAGAAAUGAGUAUGAAUGGUAGGACACCAUGAUCAUGGCCACACACACCUUGUUGAUGAAGUUUCCCUUCAUCUUUUUAUUAAAUAUAUUAUAUGUUGGACUUGUAUUAUAUUACAACGUUUUGCUCUACUUUAGGUAUUAACAUCAUUCCUAUCUAGU